AUGCUGGCAAAAUCGUCGUCCUCAGCAGUGCUUCUCAAUCGCUUGCACGAAGAAGAGCACGGCAAGGCAACCACGCUUCGUCGCACUGUCAGCCUCAAACCGCCGAAGAUCGCUCGCGAGUCCAAAACUUUGGAUGUCGUUCUAUCACACAUCAAACGACAAUUGCUAUCAAAGCCGGAGGACUUCAAUGAAUCCCCGCUCGGUGCCGUAGCUGAAAGCCAAGAAGCAGGGUCAAAACAACGAGUGCAGGUUGGCGAUGGUGUGAAAGCACUGCUGGCCUCAAGACGGGUGCUGAGCAAUGCCAAAACAUCCGAGUCGCACAUCAAGAAAUUAAAGCGCAGUUUGAGUGCUCGUCUGCUUGGCAACCACAAGUCGAGCCAACGUCUCGAACGUCAGUGUCGUUCGUUUGCUAUCAAGAAUCGCAGCGACCAAUCACCAAUCAACACAUCACCUCUACCUAUUUCUUUCAGAACCAUCUCGUCAGAUCAUCUUUUUCAUGAUCGACUCGACAGCCCUGACUAUCCACCUGAAAGUCCGCUGGGUAGUGUCUCGAGUCAUUCAUCCAACGAGAAGAAAAAUGAUACUGCAACAACACCAUCCAGAGCACUGGCGAAAAAGAAAAAGUAUUUCUCGGAAAGGACCAACAAAAACAUCAUCAAGAAAUUGAUCCAUCCAUCCUAUCAGGAACGUGCUGGGCAAUAUCGCCGUCUGUUCGGCUCAAAAAUUGGACCUGAACCAGACGAAUUUCUCGCAUCGUUUUCCUGUGCCUACCAACGUGAAAUAUUAUGCCAGGGAAGAAUGUACAUUUCACAGCGGCACAUCUGUUUCUAUGCGAAUAUUUUCGGAUGGGAGACGAAUAUGGUGUUACCUGUGGCCGAGGUGGCCGCUGUCACCAAAGAAAAAGCAGCCCUGAUCUUUCCUAACUCUCUUCAGAUCGAAAUGACAGAUGAGACAAAGCAUUUUUUCGCCUCGUUCGUCAAUCGUGAAAAGUCUCUCACAGUUUUGCUCAAAGUACUAGAGAAAAUCCAACUAGGAGAGCUGAUGUCACCUGAAGAACUCUGGGAAUACAUGAAGGGUGACGAGGAAGAGAAGGUAAGGAUUACUUGUUCCCCUUUCCUCCCUAAAACUCCA